AUUUAUGUGGGGGAUCCAACAUGGCGGCUGCGGCGACCCUGGCGAUGGCGGUGGAGCCCAUCAGAACGUAGUAGCGGGGACGGGGACCCGGUCCGCAUUCACGGUGGCGUCCGCGGGGACAGCUGAGGGUGCUGGAGGGAAGAAAAGUGACGGAGAGCAGAAGGAGAGGCGGGCAGGCGCGCCGUGCGGCGUCGAGGCGAGAGCCGGCUCGAGUGAGCGCCGAGGGCCAGAACAGUGGGGAUGGCGGAGCCGCGCAGAGUCGCGUUCAUUAGCCUGUCACCGGUGAGGCGACGCGAGGCCGACUUCGCGGGCGCCGAGCGCGAGCCCCCCCGACUGGAGCCGCAGCCGUACCGCGAGCCGGCCCGGGCAGAGCCGGCCCCCCGCGCUGACGCGCAGCCCCCGGCGCGCGACAAGCCGCUCCCCCAGCGCGAGGUCAGCCGCGCCGAGCCGCCCAUGGCGCUGCAGCGCGAGCCCCCGCGGCCCGAGCCGCCGCCGCCGCCGCUGCCCCUGCAGACUCCCCCUCCGCGGGAGUCGGCUUCCCGGGCGGAGCCGCCGCCGCGACCGCCGAAGGAGACGGUUCGCCUGGAGCUGGUGCUCAAGGACCCCACGGACGAAAGCUGCGUGGAGUUCAGCUACCCGGAGCUGCUGCUGUGCGGAGAACAACGGAAGAAACUUGUUCAUACAGAAGAUCCAUUUACUGAUGAGCAUAAGGAGAGGCAAGAAGUGGAAAUGUUGGCUAAGAAGUUUGAAAUGAAAUAUGGUGGGAAAGCCCGUAAACACCGGAAGGAUCGGCUACAAGAUUUAAUUGAUAUAGGCUUUGGCUAUGAUGAGACAGAUCCAUUUAUUGAUAACUCAGAGGCUUAUGACGAAUUAGUCCCUGCUUCUCUAACAACAAAAUAUGGAGGCUUCUAUAUCAACACUGGCACUCUGCAGUUCCGCCAAGCUUCAGACACUGAAGAAGAUGAUUUUACAGAUAACCAAAAGCACAAGCCACCCAAGGUUCCCAAAAUAAAAGAAGAUGAUAUAGAGGUAAAGAAGCGGAAGCGGAAAGAGGAAGGGGAAAAAGAAAAGAAGCCAAGGAAAAAAGUACCCAAGCAACUGGGAGUUGUGGCUCUCAAUUCACACAAGUCUGAAAAAAAGAAAAAGCGGUAUAAAGAUUCCCUUUCUCUGGCUGCCAUGAUACGAAAAUUUCAAAAAGAGAAGGAUGCAUUGAAGAAGGAAUCUACCCCUAAAGUCCCAGUGACCCCAUCAUCUUCCUCUCUGCCUAAGCCCCCUUGUGUCACAACAGCCCUGGGGGAUGACAUCCCGGACUUAGGUCUGAACAGUGCUGAUCCAGACCUCCCUAUUUUUGUUAGCACAAAUGAACAUGAAUUGUUUCGGGAAGCUGAAAAUGCCCUAGAGAUGCUAGAUGAUUUUGACUUUGACAGAUUACUGGAUGCUACUUCUGACGGAAGUCCCCUCUCUGAGUCAGGGGGAGAAAAUGGAAAUACCACCCAUCCCACCUUCCCCUCUCAGGUUGUGCCCAAGGUGGUACCUACACUUCCAGAUGGUCUCCCCGUGCUUCUUGAGAAACGCAUUGAGGACCUUCGUGUAGUAAGUGCUGCCAAACUUUUUGAUGAAGAAGGAAGGAAAAAAUUCUUUACACAGGACAUGAAUAAUAUUCUUCUGGACAUCGAGUUACAGCUACAAGAACUAGGUCCUGUCAUUCGUAGUGGUGUCUACUCCCAUCUUGAAGCAUUUGUGCCAUGCAAUAAGGAAACACUGGUAAAACGUCUAAAGAAGUUACACCUUAAUGUUCAGGAUGAUCGUUUAAGAGAACCUCUACAGAAGCUGAAGCUAGCAGUUAGCAAUGUCAUGCCUGAACAGCUGUUUAAAUACCAGGAGGACUGCCAGGCUCGCAGUCAAGCCAAAUGUGCCAAGUUGCAAGCAGAUGAAGAACGGGAAAAAAAUGGAUCCGAUGAUGAUGACGAUGAAAAACCAGGGAAGCGAGUCAUAGGCCCACGAAAGAAAUUCCACUGGGAUGACACCAUCAGAACUUUGUUAUGUAACCUUGUUGAGAUCAAAUUGGGAUGCUAUGAAUUAGAGCCAAAUAAAAGCCAGUCUGCUGAGGAUUAUCUUAAAUCCUUCAUGGAGACGGAGGUGAAGCCACUGUGGCCUAAGGGCUGGAUGCAGGCAAGAAUGCUUUUUAAGGAAAGCCGGAGUGUACAUAAUCAUCUUACUUCUGCUCCGGCAAAGAAAAAGGUGAUUCCUGCAUCAAAACCCAAAGUCAAGGCGGUGCUGGUAAAGACCCUUCCUGUUGGUUCUUUUCCCACUAUGCUGAAGGAAUGUAGCCCAAAAAAAGACCCCAAAGCUCCUGCAUCCGUGGUGGCUUCAGGUGGCGGUCCUUCCACGAGCUCCAGUACAUCCAUCGUUGCCUCAGCCAGCUCUAGCUCAGCACCAGCCCAAGAAACCAUCUGCCUUGAUGACUCCCUCGAUGAAGACCUUUCUUUCCCCUCAGCCUCACUGGAUCUUGUAUCUGAAGCUCUAGCUGUCAUCAACAAUGGGAACAAGGGCCCCUCAGUUGGUUCAAGGCUAAAUGUGCCAACUACAAAACCUCGUCCAGGACUGAGAGAAGAAAAGCUAGCAAGUAUCAUGAGUAAGUUACCACUGGCUACUCCCAAAAAACUAGAUUCUACUCAGACUGCUCACUCAUCAAGUCUUAUUGCUGGUCACACGGGGCCAGUACCAAAGAAACCCCAGGAUUUAGCUCAUACUGGUAUUUCUUCAGGCCUUAUUGCUGGUUCUUCAAUUCAGAACCCUAAAGUUUCCUUAGAACCUUUGCCAGCCAGGCUACUCCAGCAAGGACUGCAAAGGUCAAGCCAGAUACAUGCUUCUUCCUCUUCACAGACUCAUGUCUCCUCCUCCCAAGCCCAAGCUGCUGCCUCCUCUCAUGCUCUGGGAACAUCAGAGGCCCAAGAUGCUUCUUCGUUAACACAAGUCACAAAGGUGCACCAGCACUCAGCUGUCCAGCAGAACUAUGUGUCUCCAUUGCAAGCCACCAUUAGUAAAUCACAGACCAACCCAGUGGUGAAAUUAAGUAAUAACCCCCAACUUUCCUGUUCGUCCCAACUACUCAAGACUUCAGAUAAGCCACUGAUGUAUCGCCUCCCUUUGUCUACCCCAUCACCUGGAAAUGGUUCUCAGGGGCCCCACCCCCUAGUUUCUAGGACAGCACCGAGUACCACUACCUCCAGUAACUAUUUAGCCAAGGCUAUGGUGUCACAAAUCUCCACGCAGGGUUUCAAAUCUCCCUUCUCAAUGGCUGCAUCUCCCAAACUUGCCGCAUCUCCCAAACCUGCCACAUCUCCCAAACCUUUGCCCUCACCUAAGCCUUCUGUUUCACCCAAGCCCUCUCUGUCAGCUAAGCCUUCAAUAUCUACUAAACUGAUUUCUAAAUCCAACCCAACUCCCAAGCCUGCUGUAUGCCCACGUUCUUCUAGUCCAAACGCACUAGUAGCCCAGAGUAGCCACUCCACAAGUAACAACCCUGUCCAUAAACAGCCCAGUGGAAUGAACAUCAGCAGACAGUCUCCCACUCUGAAUUUGUUGCCCUCAAAUCGCACUUCUGGCCUUCCGACUACAAAAACUCUUCAGGCCCCUUCUAAACUAACAAACUCAUCAUCCACUGGAACUGUUGGGAAGAACAGCUUGAGUGGAAUCCCAAUGAAUGUACCUGCCAGCAGAGGUAGCAACCUUAACUCAAGUGGAGCUAAUAGGACUAGUCUAUCUGGGGGAACAGGAAGUGGAACACAGGGUGCUACUAAACCGUUGUCUACUGCACAUAGACCAACCUCUGCCUCAGGGUCUUCAGUGGUAACAGCCAGUGUGCAGUCCACAGCAGGAGCAUCAUUAUUGGCUAAUGCCUCACCUCUGACUCUCAUGACAUCACCUUUGUCUGUAACAAAUCAAACUGUGACUCCUUUUGGGAUGCUGGGUGGCCUUGUUCCAGUGACCAUGCCCUUCCAGUUUCCCUUGGAGCUACUUGGCUUUGGAACGGACACAGCUGGAGUGACAGCCACCUCGGGAUCUACCUCAGCGGCUCUCCAUCACAGCCUAACCCAGAAUUUACUAAAGAGUUUACAGCCAGGAGCUCAGCACGCGGCAGCCCUUCCUCACUCUCCUCUGCCUGCACACUUACAGCAAGCAUUUAACGAUGGAGGCCAAAGUAAAGGGGACACUAAGUUACCACGGAAACCUCAGUGACUUUCCAGCAAGGGAGAGAGGAACCACUUGGCUGGCUGGCGGGACCGACCUGAUGGGAAGUCUUGGUGGUCACAGGGCUGCUGUUUCUGUCCAUGUUUACAUGCUUGUCCCAAGCACUGUGGUGAGGAGGAAGAGAAAGGAAAUGUUACUUGAGCAAAGCCAGUGCAGGAGGAAGAGAUGCUUUUGUGCAAAGUCAGGGAGCUUUGGUCUUUUCAAACCCAAGCUCCCGUGUUAACCGACUUAAAGCAGACUCAGCUGUCAAACCCACAGAAGUGUCAAUCUGACUGUAUAAAAAAAAAAAAAAGGAAAGAAAAGAAAAAGAAAAAACUGGGGAGAAGGAAGGAAGUUAAGAGGAUUUGGGUAAAUGGCCAUCCAUCCUGGGGGUUAGGUCUGAACACUCUACAGAUAAGUGCAUAAUAAAAGCAGCUACAAGUAGAAUUAGCCCAGCUUAAGGAGACUCAGUCAUGUCUGUCUAGUGGACAGAUUUUCCACAAUCAGUUGCAAUGAGGCUCUCCAGACAGUAGCCGAAGAGUACUGUGCCCUGAAAUGUCCUGAGCAAACUUGAAUCUUCUACAGUAUAUAGCAGGUCCCCGUGCGAGUCAGCGGCCUGAAGAUACUUUAGCAAAGCUGCUGUGAACACAGUGAUGUGUAGUACUAUAGCUUCUAGAUUUUUAAAGUCAGGAAAAGGAGCCUGUGCUCUUAUGAGACAAAAUGUAGAUAAUCCCUUUUUAUAAAGGGUCAGUUUCGCCCUCCAUUCAGAAGGAAGUGCUGCACUCCUUUCCACAGGUGACUUGUCAUCUGGUAUUGACUGCUUAAUAGUUCUUUCUAGUCCUGAUGCGCAGAAGUGACUGCUCGCAUUUUCUCUUGACAUGUGGGUCUUUGUUGUUGGGCUGCUGCUUUGCUGCUCAUCUCUCUUGCAGCCUGCCAAGAACUGCAAACGCCCAGUUCCCUCCCUGCACAGUGCUCUUUCACUAGCGGUACUUUAGGUGACUAGAGCUGUUGAUAUAAACAGGAGUGUGCACAGCAUCUGUCUCUUCAUGGGUCAAACAAAUAGUGUAUGUAUAAUAGUGGACUGUUUUUCAUCCUGAAGUGGUAUUUUUAAAGGGAUGAAUUCCAAUAGGAAUACGGAUGUGCACAGGAAAGGAUCACCUUAUAUAACUAUCACAAUGAAGCUUUAUGACCCAUACCCAGCGGAGGAUGUUUUGAGCAUUUGGAAUCUUAAAAGUUUUACUAGGACUUACUCAGAAUGUUAAUAUUCAAGUCAGCCUACAGAUUAUAAGAUUUGUUAAUUCUAGUUUUCAUAUGCGAAUAGAGGCAAUGAAGGGUGUGAAGGGGAAAACACAAUUCUCUUGGGAUACAUUUUAUUUUGCCUCAGCUAUGUUUGUGGUGUCCUUGAAUUUUAAACUUCUGAGUAUUUUCAGACUAUCCUAGAAUAAGCUCUGAGUGAUACAACUUUAGUUUUAUAUAUGGUGACAGACUAGCCUGGUAAUAACAAGAUUGCUUCUAUAAUCUCAUUACAUAUUACCCUGUAUCAUUUAAGUUUAUUCAGAUAAGAGUGUUAACCAGACCCCAUUUUCCUUUGAUGAGCAAAAGUCCCAAGAAGCCUCUAGGACUAUAAUAGCCAAUCACAGACCUGCUCCAAUUUUUAUGCCUAUAAUUUGACUUCAAAGUUGCAAUGGCAUGCUUAGUAGCAAAAAAGUCAAUGAAUAAUUGAAAGCUUUAGUUCCAAGAACUCGUUACAGUAAAGGAAGAUGAUUUUUUUUUUUUUAGAAGAACAUUGAAGCUGGGUAUGAUGGCCCAUGCUUGUAAUCCUAGAAUUCAGGAAGCUGAGGCAGGAAGAUCUCAGGUUUGAGGCCAGCCUGAAGUAUUUAGCAGCAAGUCCCAGGCUAGUCUCUACUGGACUAACAAUGAGAGCCUGUCUCAAAAAAGAAAAGAGAAAAGAAAAAAGGUAAACAAAGGAAAGGAAUCACUGGUAUAAUUUCUUAACUGUAGAAAUUUACUUUACCAAUAAAACAAAUAAGGAGGCUAUGUAAGCCCCAGUAGAUAUUUUAGAAAGAUAUUGGGAUGUUGCAGAGAGGUUUGACUUGAAUUUAGCAUGUUAAGGUUCAUUUGAAAGGUCUCUUAGAGAAACUUGCUCAGCUCUUGGCUUAAGUCAGCACCAGGAAACUUGGUUUCACAGGCCUGCUUAUACUUCAUAGAUUGCUGUACUGGGGUGUCUGUUGAGGAAGGCAGCCUUGUACUUCAUUUUCUCUACCCAGAGAGAAGUCCAUGUGUGUUAGUGUCUCUUCUUGCUGAUACUUGUGUAUUUGUGUAUUUGCAGACACAUACAUAUUCAUAUAAAUCAAUCGAUAUUAAAAGUCAAACAAUAAUUGUAGGUUCUUAAAUCCAUCGAUUCUGAACCAUGCUAUAUGAAGACCCUUGAUGGUUCUCUUUCCCAUGUCAUUUUAUAAGAUUACCCUGGGCUCUGAGACUAUGCUGUGUAAAAUAUAUCCUGUUCCUGUCAGUCUUGACUCCUUAAGGACUGCUGCCAGAUCCCCAGUCCAGCAACCCUUUCAUGUUAUACAAGUGAAUCAAAGUCCUUUCUAAAUGUAAAUACAUUUCUUUCUAUAUCAUAACAUUGAAAAUGGUGUCCAUACUUUAUGGUUACCUGUCUUUACAGUUUUUAUUACUAAACAAGCAUAUAAGUUGGUUAUUUUUUAACAGAGACUUGCAAUUCAUACUGUAUUUUUGCACUUAAAGUCAAAUUAUGUUAUUUUUAAAAUGGUGAGUAACUGGAAAGGAUAUCUGUAGAGCAGUGUGUAUCACUAAAGAACGUUAGCAACAUCCAAAUGCAGAAGUAAAUCAGCACAUGUAGGUCCCAUUCGAUGGGGUCCUUGAUUCAGGAAGAUUAAACUGUCUGUUUCCAACUGUCUUAUCUUUGAAAUUGCCUUCACUGAUGUGAUGUCUAAGCUGUUACUGUAUAUAAAGGUGAUCCUCAGUAUUCACAAGCAAUAACAGUCAGCAGCGCUGUCCUCGGGCAGCAGUGCUGGACCACAGCUGGAGACUGUUUGCGAGCCAAGUGUCAUGCUCACUCAGAGCCUCCAAAGUAAAUGCAAGCAAUAAUCUCUACUAAAAUCAAAUUAUAGUUAUUCUCCUGCUUCUGAGAACAAAGAGUGAGAAUCAUGAUUUUAAAACAAUCUGGAGAAAAGAUUUGGGGAAAAGAAGCCAAGUUAAUGUAUAAUAACAGAGUCCUGAUACUUUGAAGAAAUCAAGAAGAUUCAAUUAGUACAUUCUUUCAUGCCCACCACCCCUUUGAUGGAUGUUAUUAGCCCAAAUUAUCUUGUUUUGUGUCAUAAACAACGAAUAAGGCUUAUUUGGGUCCCAACACUGGGGAAAGAACUGGGCAUAUACCUGUGGGUGUAUAUUGACUGUGGGUUUGACACCUGCUUGGAAACAGCUUAUUGAAAGUGAUCUUAAUCCAGAAUAUUUUUUCCCAAAGCAGAUCUAAAUUGUUUACUAUGCAGAGAUGGAAAGGGUAGGCACCCCUAUUCUCCUCUUGUUGUCCUCUCCCACAGCCCUUCCCACCUCUCCUUGAUUCAAGACUUUCUAAAAUGAAAAUCCUACUGUUAUUGCGACUGCCAUUGGUUAUGAGAACUCUGUUCUUUGGGAAUGUCUCUAGAACUCAUUGUUUGUCCUACUUGCUGCUACAUUGGAAGAUGAUCUUUGCCUGUGUUGGCUGACUUUAACUGCUUUAUUCGUAGGAGACUUUGUCAUGUCCUUUGACCCCUGUGUAGAAGAACUAGGGUACUUUAAUUUAGGAGUGUACUAUAAAAGCACACUGGUCCUGGUAUUGUUAGAGAAGUUUGGGAUUUGUUCCCCUUGUUGGUUUUUGUUUUGUUUUAUUUUUCAAAUUGAAAGUAGAAGAAAGAAAAGUCUAUAGUCCAGGCUCGACUUGAGCAUUGCCCUGUGCUUCAGCAUGGUGCUUCUGCUGACCCACGUUCUCCGAAGGGCACUUUGAUUUCUAGUUGUACAUGUGCGGCUCUUUGUUUGGUUUUGCUUUCAGGGUGCUUUUGGUUUUGUAAAAACAAAGCAGAGAAAAGUACAGUAGUAGAUAAAUGAUCACAAACAUGUUAUGCAAUUUUAUUUUGUAAAGUUUUAAGGGAAAAGUUUAACUCGUUGUAAAUAAGUUCUUAUCUCUGGUAAAAUGCUUAUAUUACUCCUCUAAACCAUGCUCAAUUCAGGCCUUUGUCUUUGUUAAGUGCCUUUUAUUUCUUUCUUUUUCUCCCUCUUUUGAAACUUUCAAAUACCCUCAAGUACAGACUGAUGAAGUCAGGGGAUUCAGGAGAAAGAAUCUGAGACUUGCCAAAAUCAUGUCAUGUAAUAACUCUCUUCCUUCUGCUCUGUGUGUGUGGACACAGUAUGAGGUGCACAGCGUGUGUGAAACCAGGAGCAGCUGUGCCAUGGCAAUCCUCCUAAGCACUGCCCUGUUGACAUUGCAGAACUGCCUUGUUUAUUCCAUUGCUUUGAGUUGAUUCAGAUGGGCAGAUUGGGAAGUGGUCUUUGCACAUGAUGCUGGCUUCCCUUUCUGAAUAUCUGUAGAAGUUAAUAUAUAUGUGUGUGUGUGUAUAUAUAUAUAUAUAUAUACAUAUAGGGCAUUAUAUAUAUAAAACAUAUGUGUUGGUUAUUGCAAACAUAAUAAACUCGGUGGACUCAUUGACUAUUUCUGGAUGUAAUCCACUUCUCUCUACCCCUCAAAUCUUUCAGUAGUAGUGUGUGAGAAAGCAUCAGGAUAAUAAGAGCAUUUGUUGGUCAAGGUGAUAUGAUGCCCUAUGCAGACAAAAUUCAGUACUAGUGCUAGAACCAUGGGGUGGUGUCUGAAUACACUUUUGAGGAGGUUGGCACUCGUGUCAAUAUUAAAAGACGUUUUCUUCUGGAAAAUGAUCUUGAAAUUGUAUAGCUGAAACGUAAUAAACUUAGAUUUUUAGACAGUGAGAAAACACUUAUAUAAUCUGGACAUACUUGAGAAAUGUUCAGUCUGUUUAUUGCCGGAUGAUCAGAUUUGCUCUGAUUUCAUGAUUGUUUAAAUGUCUUUCCUGAGCAAAAUAAAAUAACAUAACUUUCAGUAUCUAAGACUUGGGGGGGAGGGUUCUGUUUUGUUUUUUUUUUUUUUUAGAUGUAACAUGUUGAAAAAGACUAAGUUGAACUGAUCCUCUGUAUAUCUACAAAGGACCCCCUUUUAAGUAAAAUUUUAGUUGAAAAAGGAGACUUGUGGCUAAAAGAAGAGGUUCCUAUAGCAAAACUGUUGUUAGCCAGCUUAGGGUCAGUAGUGAGCAUUAGUUCCUAAACUACUUUAUCUAGGGGGAAGUCACUUAACCUUUGUGCCUCAGAUUACCCAUGAGACAGUUGGGUAUAAUAAUAAUAAUCACCUACCUCCCAGGGAUAUCAGAGACUUUACUAUUUCAAAAAUAUUUUGUUUUUCUAAAACAUUCUAUAUAAUUAUAGUAUUAUCUUCCUGCAGAGGUUGAAAAAAACAAAUGUUUUCCUUAUAGUGGAUAUAAAGAGCACCCUAUGGUCUUUAAGUUAAAAAAAAAUCACUGGAAUUUUAAUUUAGAUGUAUAUUUGCUAUUUAAACAUGCCAUAUUUGUUGUGUGGUAUAAUUAUUAGUUUCAGAUUAAAUCAAAGGGGGAUGAACACUAAGUUUCUUAACUAUCAAUAGAUUUUUUAAAGCUUUUAUGAUGUUAUUACUUGUGUGAUAUUUGCAAAGGUUGUGAAAGUAAAGUUAGAUAAAGUUUGAAUUAUGGAUAAAUGAUCCUGAAAGUUUAAGCCUCCUUUGUCUACAUUCUGAAUCUAAUUUCCUUGUAGUACUUGCCUGGUGAUGGAAAACUAUUUUUUACCUUUCUAAGAGUAAGUCAGAUUCCCACAUACGACUCCUGUAUCAGUAGGAUUCUCCAUCUUUGCCCGGGGGAUGGAAAUGGGGGUGGGCAAGCCUACACUGGGACGGCUGUGAGUUCUUUUAACUUUGUAUUUCAUGCUUCUUCAGCCAGAGCCAUCAGCUGUUCGGGUUGUAGUAAAAUGGGAGGAAGAACGACAGAAUUCACUCCCUAGCUAGGGCAGAGGUAAAGAUGGUCAGGAUAGAAGGAAAUAUGAUUUCCCUAACUCCUGGAAGGAAAUUAGCAUCAUUUUAUUUUGCCCUCCAGGCAUGCACACUAAGUAGUAAUCCAUAACAUUUUUCUCUUUAAAACGAUAACAACAGGAACAAAUGGAUACUAUAGUUUUUGUUAGGGCUGAGUAGUGCAUGUGAGAGUGGGAGCGGGGGGGUUAGUCUAAAUGACAGCAAAUAUUCAGGGUCAGAGAGAGUGGAGUGCAGGGUGUUGAGGAGUAAUUACCCAGCUCAGGUGAGUUAGGAGGUAACACUGGGCUGAGGCAGCCAGCACAUCUGGGCUGACCCAGAACUGGCUCAGACCUAGUUAUUCUCUAGUCCUUCUAAAAUCAUUUUGGGGAUUUUUGUUGAUUUUUUUUUCUCUCCAGUAGCCUCUGAAUAUCAGCUAUGCAGAUAAGCAUAUGCUUCGUUUUCCACAUUAUAUUCCUAUUCAUUGUUCAAUAACAAAUGUUAAGAUUAACCCAAAUGAAUGUGUGUUUCCUCUAGAGAAGAGUAACAGAAGCCUAAAAUAAAUAUCAUCUGUUUUCAUCUGCCCUAAAAUGUGAACGUCACAUAAAACGCUAGCUGAAGAUCCUUUUGCCCAUGCAGACCUAGAGUUGAUGUUGUGGAAUGUGUUUGCACUUUUAUGACAGUGUCACCUCGGUGUAAUGCUGAGAGGCUUAGCUUAGUGUUCAGGAUGACAGAGCUGCAGUCUUGGGCUCUGAUUAAAAUUAGUUUCAAAUAUCAAUGUUGAAUUUGUCUUCAUUUCUUUCAGUCUUCACUCUUGCCUUUGGUGUGAGCUCUUAAGUUACCACUUGCUCCACUACAGUAUAAAUUGCCUGUUGUUACAUCUAGGGAGAAAAGGUAAAUUGUCUCCAUAUCCUCUUCUCCCUUACUUUGCCCUCUGCCCUCAGUUCCCAUCAAGCUAGUGUAAAGAUUGUAUGGGGAGAGUUUGCAUCUUAGUGAAGGAUACAAAUACAGAUUAUAUUAGAGUUUAGUGGCAAUACCUUUGAGUAGCCUGAUGCUAAAUGACACUUUUCUUACGCACACUCAACAGACCAUUUGCUUUAAGGUGGCUAUUUGUGAUCUCCUUGUGUCGUGAUGUUUCUGCUUGUCUGUCUUUCCUAUGUACUUCCAUUUCAUAGCAGCUAGUAUUCAAACUUUGUAUACAUUUUACACUGCUACCCAAACUAGUCAGUGACGUGUUUUGAAGUUUUCAUGGUACAAAUUAAGGUUCUAUACAUAGUCUAGAACUUGGGGGUCACUGAUGACUGGGGUUUCUUCUCUUUUCAUUUAUAUUCAAAAAAUAGAUUUCAUAGGCUGAGAGUCUGUCUCACUGGUGGGACUCUUGCCCAGCAUGUACGUAAGCUAGAGCUCCACACAGCAGUGCACAGUAACAGUAAGUAGAUCUCAUUUUUACAUAGCCUGGGAUACCAGUGUAUUUUAAGAUUCUUCAGAAGAAAUACAGAUUUUCAUUAGGGGCUCACAGCAGUCUGCCUUGCUGACUGUUUUCAUACCUCCUUGCAACAGAGCUCUUUUGCCAAGGUCUGAGCCAACCAGAUCAUUGAAUCCUAGUUAGGACCUAAGUCCUAAUUUUAGGUUUCUCCAAAAAAAAAACAUUACUUGCCCCAACUUUGCUACAGUAUUCUGGGUUUGUUUGUUUGUUUGUUUGCUAAAUCUGGUUGUUAGAUGCUUGUUAAUAGAGCUCUGGUUAGAAUUCAGUUAAGGUAAUUUGUCUGAGAUAACACGAGAGCCAGCAGCAGUCCAGACUAGCCACUGUGUGUGUGAUAAUCUGUGCUGAAGUUUCCACACCAGAUUGUAUCUUCUGUACUUAUAACUGUAGACUUUCCUCCUGUUAUACUUAUCUCUACUGUUUACAGAAACGUUAUGCCCUACUAGAAAAUUCACUGGCAAAAUUACCAAGGAUUUGCCCUAAUUUUGGCUAGUAAUAUAAAAAGGAAAAAAAUAUUUUUCUUAGUUGACAAAAGUAUUUGUUUUAAAUAGUUAGAAAGUUGAGCCAGCUUUGGUCAGUUUUCCUGGCAUUUUGGCUCUGACUCCAUCAUAGAUUGCAUGUACACUUUGGCAUGUGAUCAUCAGGGACCCUCUCCCAGUAAAGACUGGUUUUCCUCCCACACAGCUUUCAGGAAAGAGAGCCAAGCUUUUCAGUGACCUGUUUUCAGCUGUCUUUGAAAGACUAUCUUAUUCUAGAAAAUGCUGGCGUGCUAAACUGUUCUUGGAGGAGAGUGUGCUAGUUUGACCCUCCUCAUGGUGUCUCUUGUCCUGUUAAACUUAUCAGACUUUAAGGAAAGGAAGAGAAAUCUCUGGUGAAUUUUGUGUCCCAAAUACUGAACUUAAGUCUAACCAAGGUGACUAAGAGAUGGGUGUUUUCUCUCUCUCUCCUUGUGAGCAAGGUUUAUUUAUGGUUGUAAGACUUACCAUGGAACUGCAGACCUAUUUGCAAUACCCAGAAAACAAGAGUCAGAAUUUUAGUCAUGUUAAGCACAGAUUUCUAACCCUUUGGUAAAGUUUAGAUAAGGGGGGACUUUUGUUUAGUAGCAGAAGGAAAAAUAAUUAUUUAUACAGUGAGUGUCCACCCUGCAAAGCCACUUCCCAGUAGGGAAGCAGCUCCUCUUUGGUCCCUUCUGCCCUACACAGAUGCUACCAUGUUUGCAAGCCAGUCUCCAAGAAGGAGCCGAGGAGUUGAUGGUCCUUUAGAGGAGAGGCCUCAGUUACUGGGUUGCAUCUGCUUGUAGGAAAGUGCGUUUGCUAACUUGAAGGAAUAUAUGCUGUACUUCAAAUAAGUGUGUGACUUAAUACUUUGGGAUUUUUUUUUUCCCUCUAAAACUGGACCUGAACACAGCUUUGAGUUGGUAUUUGUAAUAAUCUCAGGACCCGAAAGAUUGUAGCAUUUAGUGUGUCUUAAAAAUUAUGUACUGUACCAGCCAUGGAGUUUUGUAAAUAUACCUGUCUCCCUUUUUUUGUAUUAUUUUAGUAAACAAUAAAUAAAUAA